CGACGACGACGACGACGACGACGGCGGCGGCGGUGCUCUGGGGUCCCGGGGGUCCCGGGGGUCCCCCGCCAUGUCCCUCCACGGGAAGCGGAAGGAGAUCUACAAGUAUGAGGCGCCCUGGACCGUCUAUGCCAUGAACUGGAGCGUCAGGCCCGACAAGCGCUUCCGCCUGGCCCUGGGCAGCUUCGUGGAGGAGUACAACAACAAGGUGCAGCUCGUGGGUUUGGACGAGGAGAGUUCCGAGUUUAUUUGCCGAAACACCUUCGACCAUCCCUACCCCACCACGAAGCUGAUGUGGAUCCCCGACACCAAAGGAGUCUACCCGGACCUGCUGGCCACAAGCGGAGACUAUCUGCGCGUCUGGAGGGUGGGGGAAACCGAGACCCGCCUGGAGUGCCUGCUGAACAAUAACAAGAACUCGGAUUUCUGCGCCCCGCUGACCUCCUUUGACUGGAACGAGGUGGACCCCUAUCUCCUCGGAACGUCCAGCAUCGACACCACCUGCACCAUCUGGGGGCUGGAGACCGGGCAGGUCCUGGGGAGAGUCAACCUCGUGUCCGGCCACGUGAAGACCCAGCUGAUCGCCCACGACAAAGAGGUGUACGACAUCGCGUUCAGCCGGGCGGGCGGCGGCCGGGACAUGUUCGCCUCGGUGGGGGCCGACGGCUCCGUGCGCAUGUUCGACCUGCGGCACCUGGAGCACAGCACCAUCAUCUACGAGGACCCCCAGCACCACCCGCUGCUGCGGCUCUGCUGGAACAAGCAGGACCCCAACUACCUGGCCACCAUGGCCAUGGACGGGAUGGAGGUUGUGAUUCUGGACGUCCGAGUUCCCUGCACGCCCGUGGCCCGGCUCAAUAACCACCGGGCUUGUGUCAACGGCAUCGCCUGGGCCCCGCACUCAUCCUGCCACAUCUGCACCGCCGCGGACGACCAUCAGGCCCUCAUCUGGGACAUCCAGCAGAUGCCCCGGGCCAUCGAGGACCCCAUCUUGGCGUACACGGCCGAAGGCGAAAUCAACAACGUGCAGUGGGCGUCCACCCAGCCCGACUGGAUAGCCAUCUGCUACAACAACUGCCUGGAGAUCCUCCGAGUGUAGUGGCGUCAGGGGGGGUCGUGGCCGGAGGCCCCCCCCUCCUCCCCGGUCUCCUCGUCCCCCCCCCCACCCCAGAGUGAGAACGGACACGUC